AUGGAGAAACUAGGUCUCUCCGGAAAACUGCCUUCCUUUGGAAGGGCAACUCAUCAUGUGGCUCCUAACAUGGCUGGCGUCGAUAUGACCCCACGUCAACUGACCGUUGCGAACUGUCCCAAUAACAGCUACGCACUUGCUAAUGUUGCAGCGGUGUCGGCUUCAGACUUCCCAGAUAACAUUUACGUGGUGGUGGACAAUCUUUUUGUGUUCACGACGAAACAUUCGAACGACAUAGCACCUGGUGUGAUUGGAUUCAAUGGGAAUCAAAGAACGUGGGGUGGUUGGUCUCUAAACCAACCAGUGCAAAUCAAAGCGUUUGACUUGUUCAAAUACAGUGGUAAGCAGUCGUACCUCGGAACUCUGGAUUUGGAGAUCAACUUCAGGUCUCGAGGCAAAGCUGUGGACACCCCGUUCGACCAGGAUGACCUUGCCAAACAAUUCUUGAAAAACUUCGAGUCGCAGAUAUUUUCGCCAACGCAGUGUCUUAUCUUUGAGUUCAAGGGUCACAUUUUCGACCUCAAGACUAAGGGCGUCCAAACCAUUGAUUUGGGAGACGUCGAGAUGGUAACACCGGUAUCCACCAAUAUCCAAAGCAAGGGCAUCUUGAUCAAGCAAACACAGAUCAAUUUCUAUAAAGGAAGAGACGGCCUUGUGAACUUAAAAUCCAGCAACUCGUUACGCCCCAGGUCGGAUGCUGUCAUCAGACCGGAUUUCAAAUUUGAAGAUUUGGGAGUUGGUGGCCUCGACAAAGAGUUCACCAAAAUUUUCAGACGGGCCUUUGCCAGUAGAAUUUUCCCGCCUUCGGUUAUUGAAAAGCUUGGUAUUUCGCAUGUAAAGGGUCUCCUGCUCCACGGUCCCCCAGGUACCGGUAAAACAUUGAUUGCAAGGAAAAUAGGUACCAUGCUGAAUGCGAGAGAGCCAAAAAUCGUCAACGGGCCAGAAAUCUUGAGCAAAUACGUUGGGUCGUCGGAGGAAAAUAUUCGUAAUCUGUUCAAAGAUGCAGAGGCCGAAUACAAAGCCAAGGGUGAGGAAUCAUCGCUACACAUUAUUAUUUUUGAUGAGUUAGACUCUGUCUUCAAGCAGAGAGGAUCUCGUGGUGACGGAACCGGCGUUGGAGACAACGUCGUCAACCAGCUGUUAGCCAAAAUGGAUGGUGUCGAUCAACUCAACAAUAUCCUCGUUAUCGGAAUGACAAAUCGUAAGGACCUGAUCGAUUCGGCAUUGCUACGUCCCGGCCGUUUUGAAGUCCAGGUCGAAAUUCAGUUGCCGGACGAGCAGGGAAGAUUGCAGAUUUUGGAGAUUCAGACGAAGAAAAUGCGUGAAAACAACAUGAUGGCUUCAGACGUGGACUUGAAGGAGCUCGCCGCUUUGACCAAGAACUUUUCCGGUGCUGAGAUUGAAGGUUUGGUGAAGAGUGCGAGCUCUUUUGCCAUCAACAAAACAGUCAAUAUCGGCAAAGGUAGCACAAAACUCAAUCCCAAAGAAAUCGCGGCAAUGAAAGUUACCAUGCAGGAAUUUCUGAGCGCUUUGGGGGAUGUCACUCCUGCAUUUGGCAUCAACGAAGAGGACCUUAAAACCUGUGUCGAGGGUGGCGUCAUCCGUUAUUCGCCUCGCGUUGAUGAAAUUUUGAAGAACGGUGCAAGAUAUGUCCGUCAGGUUCGGGAAAGUGACAAAUCCAGACUAGUUUCGCUUUUGGUUCAUGGUCCGGCUGGCUCGGGCAAAACCGCUCUUUCUGCAGCCAUAGCACUUAAAUCUGAGUUUCCCUUCAUCAGAUUGAUUUCCGCAGAUGAAAUGGCUGGCAUGUCCGAGAGCGCGAAGAUUGCAUACAUCGACAACACAUUCAGAGACGCUUACAAGUCUCCUUUGAACAUUCUGGUCGUGGACUCACUCGAGACGCUCGUGGAUUGGGUACCGAUCGGACCUAGGUUUUCGAACAAUAUUCUGCAAACCCUGAAAGUAUAUUUGAAGAGAAAACCACCUGCCGAUCGCAGACUGCUUCUCAUUUCCACCACUUCUGCCUAUUCUGUCCUGCAGCAGAUGGACAUACUGAGCUGUUUCGAUAAUGAAAUUGCUGUUCCUAACAUCACUAAUCUAGAUGAGUUCAACAACGUCAUGAUAGAGUCGGAGUUCCUAGAUGACGCUGGCAGAGUUAAAGUCAUCAACGAGUUUUCAAGGUUGAAUCUACAGUUCAACGUGGGCAUAAAGAAAGCUCUCACAAACAUCGAAACCGCACGUUUCGAUGUCGAUCCAGAAAGCGAGAUUGUCGAGCUCAUGGCACAAUCCGUGUGA